GCGUCGCGCCAGGGAGACGCUGCGCCACCUGACCAGAACCGUGGCGGUGCAAUGGCGGUGCCCACGCUGCGCUGCGGCUUCAGUGGAAGUCGCUGGACUUUUGCUUUGGUUGACAGGGGUUGUCGCCAUCGAACUGUCGCCACAUUCAACUGGAUAAGGGGACAGAGCUCAGUGGCUCAGCAGCCCCUCCACACGGCCCAGAAGCCGAGGAAAGGUGCGCAGGAAUGGGCAGCUGUGGUAGGUUUGGAAAUUCAUGCCCAGAUUUCUUCCAACUCUAAACUGUUCUCUGGAGCUGAAGUCCGCUUUGCAGCACCUCCAAAUUCUUUGGUUUCUUUUUUUGAUGCGUCUCUGCCUGGAACUCUGCCGGUUCUCAACAGGCGCUGUGUGGAGGCAGCGGUGAUGACAGGCCUGGCUCUGAACUGCCACAUCAACCAGAAGUCCCUGUUUGACAGGAAGCACUACUUCUACGCAGACCUCCCUGCAGGCUACCAAAUCACCCAGCAGAGGCUCCCGAUCGCUGUGAAUGGGAACUUGGCAUACAGCAUCUGUGUGGGGAAGCAGCAGCGUGAGAUCACCAAGACGGUGAGGGUCAAGCAGAUCCAGCUGGAGCAAGACAGUGGCAAAAGCCUCCACGAUGACCUGCGGUCGCAGACGCUCGUUGAUCUGAAUAGGGCUGGAGUGGGCCUUCUGGAGGUGGUCCUGGAGCCUGACCUGUCCUGCGGAGAGGAGGCUGCGACUGUGGUCAGGGAGCUGCAGCUGAUCCUUCAAGCCCUGGGGACCAGCCAGGCCAACAUGGCAGAGGGCCAGUUGAGAGUGGACGCCAAUGUGUCUGUGCACCACCCCGGGGAGCCUUUGGGCGUUCGGACCGAAGUGAAGAAUCUAAACAGCAUCAGGUUCUUGGCCAAGGCCAUAGACUAUGAAAUCCAGCGGCAAAUCAGUGAGCUUGAGAAUGGAGGUGAAAUUCUGAAUGAGACUCGCUCGUUUGAUUACAAGCUGGGGUGCACUGUGCCAAUGAGAGACAAAGAAGGAAAACAAGACUACAGGUUUAUGCCAGAACCCAACCUGCCUCCCCUGCUGCUCUACGACUCCACGUCUCUGCCUGCAGGCGCCGACCCCCAGCAAGUGAUCGAUAUCGACCGGAUCCGGGAGACGCUCCCCGAGCUCCCGAGCGAGACGCGGGCGCGGCUGGUUCAGCAGUACGGGAUGCUGCCUGAGCACAGCUUCACUCUGCUGAAUGAAGUUGGCCUACUGGAGUUCUUCCAAAAUGUGAUAAAAGAAACUAGGGCAGAGCCAAAAAAGGUGGUGAGCUGGGUCCUCAACACUUUCCUGGGCUAUUUAAAGCAGCAGAACCUUGCAGUCAGCGAGAGUCCUGUCCCACCUUCUGCCCUGGCUGAGCUUCUCGACCUGCUGCACACCCGCGCCAUUUCGUCAGCAGCAGCUAAACAGGUGUUUGAGGAGCUGUGGAAGAGCCCGGGGAAGCCGCCUGCGCAGAUCGUCUCGGAGAAGCAGCUGGGACUGCUGCAGGACCGGGAGGCCCUGGAAGAGCUGUGCCGCGCCACGCUGGACGGACACCCCCAAGUGGUGAGGGACGUGAAGGGGGGAAACCCCAGAGCUAUAAAUAAGCUCAUCGGGCUGGUCCGGAAAGCCACGCAGGGCCGAGCAGAGCCCGCCCUGAUCAAGCAGAUCCUGGAGAAGCAGCUGUCCUCGCCAGCGCCCUGAGCCCUUGGGGCCGACAGAACGGAGCGGGCGUCCCCGCACUUGGAGCUGGUGUCUCGGCGUGGCCCCGUGCUGUGGCUCCAGUGUCUCGGCGUCUUCAGAGCAGCAGCCACACCCGUGUGCGUCGGCGACACUGCAGUGGUGACUUAGAUACUGCACACACUGCUGCUGUGAGCGGCCCCUCACCAGGCACGCGGUUCCUGCUGCCAGCAGCGGUGAGCACAGACGGUCACCGGGACGCGGUGUGUUUAGACCUCAAAGAUUAUGGAAGAAAAUGCAGCAGCACCCCCUAGUGUAGCAUAGACUGCCUUUGUUUGGGGGGGUGCCCAGGGGGUAGGAGGGAGGGCGGGAAGCGGUAGCGUCCACAGAGCCCGGAAGGCACGGGCCGAGAAUGAAUGAAUGGUUUUAGACACCAGACGUCUUCAAAUACCUUUACUGAAUAAAAUAUAUACUGCUAUAUCACA